UAGCAGAUACGAUCCUAAAAUUUUUAUUUGUGUUCAUAUAUAUAGGCAGUUGCGAUCCUUACCAGUUUUCAUAAAUGUUAAAUUAAAUAUAUUUGUAAUUUUGAAUUCAAACUGAUGAUUUCCCGCCAUUUAAAUAAAGAUCGUAUGACAACCUUGCAACUAUUUGUCAACAGCUGAUUGCAUAUUUAAUCAGUCCAUUAUGAGCAAAUUUGAGUGGUCCGAAUCUAGACAAGCACCAUGUUACAAUUAGGUCGAACCAUGUUGAAAUGUCGUCAAUGGCAAUAUAGUCGCUGGGGAUCCACGUGGACGCCGUUGGCUAAGGCGUUUAAUUCGCCUCCGGUCAGACGGAUAAAUAUUACCCGUAACGAUGUGGGCCUUUUCUGUUUGCCAGAACUACGUAGUUUCGAGGGCUUCUUCUUACUACGCGACAAUGUAGAGAGCCGGACCCAACAGCUUAUCUCAGAGGCCUUAUCCGACAAUCGGCAGAGAAAAAUGGUGGACAUUUUUGAUGAGCUCUCUAACUCGUUGUGCAAGGUGGCAGACCUGGCGGAGUUCGUACGGAUUGCGCAUCCGCAAUGUAAAUACAAACAGGCGGCAGAGCAGGUUUGCAUCAGCAUUUGUGGCGUGGUGGAAAGCCUCAACACAAACAAGGCAAUUUAUAAAUCCCUAAACGAGGUGGUGAAGCAAGGGGACAAACUGACAACCAGUGAUAUCGACAGGCACGUAGCGCGUCUGUUCCUUUUUGACUUUGAGCAAUGCGGCAUCCAUUUACACGAGGAGGAGCGGUUGCGGGUUGUACGCCUGAAUGACAGCAUUCUUCAGCUAGGCCAGAAGUUUGUGAAUGGAUCCUUACUACCUAGUGUUUUGCUGCGUAGACAUGUCCCUGAAGCCAUUGGUAAAUACUUUCCGACCUACGGCGACAAUGUAAUCGUCUCUGGGCUGUGCUCGAACGCAGAAAAUGUCAAUAUGCGUGAGGCCGCAUAUCGGCUUUACCUGCACCCGUCUGAGAACCAGGAGGAGCUACUUCGGCACCUAUUGCUUUGCCGGCAUGAGCUGGCCCGCAGUUGCGGAUUCGAUACCUAUGCCCAUAGGGCUCUAAAAGGUAGCACUAUGGAGACACCCGAAGUGGUCCGCGAGUUUAUCGAUGAUCUGUCUGAAAAGCUGCGACCACGCGCUGAUGCCGAUUUUGCGCAGAUGACUCAAAUGAAACGUCAAGAGACCGGGCAACCCGAAGCAAUGGUCGAGGUUUGGGACACGCCCUAUUUUACCACUAGGCUAAAACAGCAAUCGCUUGAAAAGUACACUAACGAGUUUCUGCCGUACUUCUCGCUUGGGGGUUGCAUGGAAGGACUGAACAACUUGCUGCAGGCGCUCUAUGGCGUCCAGCUUAAGAACACGGAUAUGGAGCCAGGAGAGUCCUGGCACAACGACAUUUACAAACUAUCUGUGGUGCACGAAAGUGAAGGUCUGUUGGGCUACAUUUACUGCGACUUUUUUGAGCGGGAAGGUAAACCCAACCAAGAUUGUCACUUCACCAUUCAGGGCGGCAAGCGCCUGCCAGACGGCUCCUACCAGCUACCCGUUGUUGUGGUUAUGCUUGGUUUAGCGCAGAAACGCUGGAGUGAACCAACGAUGCUGUCACCAGCAAGAGUGGACAACCUGUUUCACGAGAUGGGCCACGCCAUGCACUCGAUGUUAGGUCGCACCGAACACCAGCAUGUGACGGGAACGCGCUGUUCAACGGAUUUUGCUGAAGUCCCCAGUGUACUCAUGGAAUACUUUGCGGGCGAUCCUCGCGUGCUUCGAACUUUCGCCCGCCACUUUCAGACUCACCAGCCAAUUUCCGAGGACAUGCUAAUGCGACUGUGCGCUUCCAAACAUCUUUUUGCCGCCAGCGAGACUCAGCUCCAGGUGUUUUACUCAGCUCUUGACCAGGCGUACCACGGAGUUGCGGCGCAUUACGGCGGCAGCAGCACCGAGAUCUUGCGCUCAGUGCAGCGAUGCUACUAUGGCCUUCCAUACGUUGAGAACACUGCAUGGCAGCAGCGAUUCACCCACCUUGUAGGAUACGGAGCCAAGUACUACGCAUACCUUGUUUCGAAGACAAUAGCCUCUUGGAUCUGGCAGACGUACUUCAUAGCGAACCCCUUCAACCGACAGGCAGGCGAGAAGUACCGGUCCGAAAUUCUAGCCCACGGAGGAGCCGUUCCCAGCCGGAAACUGGUGGCCAACUUCUUGCAACGCAGCAUGACGCCAACCGCGUUGGCAGACACCUUGAUCAAUGAGAUUGACACCGACGAGGCAAAAAUUAAGGAGCUGAUAAUUAGUUGAUGUUAAUACUCCACACAAUUCAAUUUAAUAAGCAUAUUAUAUUUUUUAUGUAUUUAGAUUAA